ACACAUGUCCACAGUGUAAUUUGACUGCCUGAGGCAAUUUUAUUUCUUCUCUUUUGAAUCUGCCAAAAGACUAUACAUAUCUCAACCCCACCAAAUGUCAGGUUUGCAGAUUCUGGCUUUUCUCAGCGGUCUGGCCGGGCUGGGUGCCACCAUCGGCGCCACAGUUUCCAAUGAAUGGAGGGCCACCAGCCGGGCGUCCUCAGUCAUCACAGCAACCUGGGUGCUCCAGGGUCUGUGGAACAACUGUGCUGGAAAUGCCAUUGGAGCUGUGCAUUGCAGACCACAUCAUACCAUCCUUCAGCUGGAAGGUUACAUCCAAGCAUGUAGGGGACUGAUGAUUGCAGCCGUCUGUCUGGGUUUUUUUGGUUCUGUAUUUGCCCUGGUUGGAAUGAAAUGCACCAAAAUCGGAGGAACUGACAAAAGCAAAGCCAGGAUUGCCUGCUUUGCUGGUGUCAAUUUCAUUCUUAGUGGCCUCUGCUCACUGUCAGCGUGCUCCCUUUACGCACAUCGGAUUACAUCAGAGUUUUUUGAUCCGAUGUUUGUGGCACAGAAGUAUGAACUGGGAGCUGCUCUUUUUAUCGGCUGGGCAGGCUCUAUCCUCUGUAUCCUCGGGGGCAGCAUGCUGUGUUUCUCCAUCACAGAUUCUUUUUCCAAAAGCCACAGUCAGGCAAACUAUAUCUACAAAGGUGCUGCCUCACAUUCUCAUAUCUCCUCCUACCCAAGAGGGCAGGCAAGGUCUGAAAACCAGAGGCCGCCUCCUAGACUACAGCAGCUCCUCCAGGAUUCAGCACUUUGAUAAGAACGUAUAUGUUUGAGGGAUGUGAAUAUAAACCACAUUUAGUCGAAGCCACUGGUGAGUCUUAAAAGAUAUACUAAGUCUAAAAGAUACAGAAUGGUAGAUGAGACUUGGUGGUUUCUGUCAGACAACAGCAGAAUUUGCAGACACUGAUCUGUGGCUUACCAGGAAUUGCAUUUACAAUAUUUACAUGUCUCUUCUGGGGCAUUGAAUUUAAAGGUGUAUGACACAGUUUACUCUCUGAUCUUAGGGAAUUAUUUGUAUAUCAUUUUCAGGACACAACUUCUGCAUUUCACUGUUCUACAUGUUGCUCUGUAUUGAAUAUAUUGUUACGUUUGUCUUAUAAUGAAACAGCAAAAAUCCAAAACAUUUGGUCCAAAAUGGACCUUUGGGAUUUAAUAUUGUCAUUUUAUAUUUUAGUGGCUGUAUAUGACAAUAAAGUUUGUAAUAUUUUGUCAGACAUUUACUUUGUUGGUUGUAUCUUUAACUAUAAGUAACCUAUGCAUGCUGUUAAUCUAUAAUGACAACAUUUAAAACAGUGUAAGACACAGAUUUUUUGUUUAACAUGUCAUAACCAUUAACUAUGAUUUUGUAAGUUGAAGUAAAAAAGGCUGUAUCUUGUCAUUGUUUGUGCUGUUAAUGUUGAGUCAGUCUCUCUUUCUUAGAGUUAAAAACAAAAUGAAUAAAUCUGAG